AUGAACCAGUCUGAACUGACAACGGACCCGGUGCUUGCUGCCAACAGCAGUCAUGCAGACUUCUUUCCUGGCAGGGCCACCAAUCACUCUUGUCCUUUGGGCUGGGGGCUGAAUGAAGGCCUGGAGGCUUGCGUCCUGGAGACUGCUGUCAUUGUACUUCUGACAGUGCUCAUUAUUACAGGGAACCUGACGGUGAUCUUUGUGUUUCACUGUGCCCCUUUGCUACACCACUACACCACCAGCUACUUCAUCCAGACCAUGGCCUAUGCUGACCUGCUGGUGGGUCUCAGCUGCCUGGUGCCCACCCUGUCUUUGCUCCACUACCCAGCAGGUGUCCAGGAGCCCAUCACAUGUCAGGUCUUCAGCUACGUCAUCUCGGUUCUGAAGAGUGUUUCGAUGGCCUGUUUGGCUUGUAUCAGUGUGGACCGCUACCUGGCCAUAACUAAACCACUGUCUUACAACCAGCUGGUGACGCCAUGCCGGCUGCGAGGCUGCAUCACCCUCAUCUGGGUGUACUCCAGCCUGGUUUUCUUGCCCUCCUUCUUUGGGUGGGGUAAGCCAGGCUAUCAUGGGGACAUUUUUGAGUGGUGCGCUCACUCCUGGCCCACCUCCGCACUGUUUACAGGCUUCGUGGUGUGUUUGCUCUAUGCGCCUGCUGCACUUGUGGUUUGUUUCACCUAUUACCAUAUUUUUCGCAUUUGCCAGCAGCACAACAGAGAGAUCAGUGAACGGCGGGCACGUUUCCCCAGUCAGGAGAUGGAAGCUGGCGAGGGGGGUAGUAGUGGGCAUCAUGGAGGGCAUGGACCGGAUCGGCGUUAUGCGAUGGUGUUGUUCCGCAUCACCAGUGUUUUCUAUAUGCUCUGGCUACCCUACAUAAUCUAUUUCCUGCUAGAGAGCUCCCAUGUGCUGGACAGCCCUGCCCUCUCCUUCAUCACCACCUGGCUGGCCAUUAGCAACAGCUUUUGCAACUGUGUUAUCUACAGCCUGUCUAAUAGUGUGUUCCGCUUGGGCAUGCGUAGGCUCUCACAGACGAUUUGCUCCUUCAGCCACUGCGCGGCCGAUGACAGGGACUUUGGGGAGCCUAAACCGAGGAAAAGAGCAAACUCAUGCUCCAUCUGAAAGGAUGAGGAUACUGCUGGAAUCUACGAAUGGGGAACAUGAAUCUUAACGAGUUGAGCAGCUAGUUAACUUUCAGUAACCAAACAGAAAACAAUUUUUCUGUUUUAUCAGCCUGUCAGCUGACACCAGUGACAUUGCUGUGG